AUGACCGACGAAGUCAAGAGAUACGCCAUCGUGGGCUUGGGCAUUCGCUCAGCCUUCUACUACCAAGGCAUUAUCCAAGACUUCAAGGACAAUGCCGAAUUGGUUGGCCUCUGCGACACGAAUCAGACACGAAUGAAUGCCGCCAACGACCGCAUCGAAGAGCUUGGUGGCUCACGGAAGCCCACUUACAAGGCCGAGCAGUUUGAUCAAAUGAUCGCAGAGACCAAGCCGCAUGCCGUCAUUGUCACGACCAUCGACCUGUACCACCACGUGUACUGCAUCAGAGCCAUGGAGCUGGGCUGCGAUGCAAUUACAGAGAAGCCCAUGACUAUCGACGAGGAGAAACUGCAGGCCAUGAUUGACGCGGAGAAGCGGACCGGCAAGCAGGUCCGGGUCCUCUUCAACUAUCGCUAUGCGCCUCACCACACCAAAGUGAGGGAGCUUAUCGCCUCUGGUGUGAUCGGUGAGGUUGCGACCGUCCACAUGGAUUGGAUUCUCGACUGUGCGCACGGGUCAGACUUUAUGCGGCGCUGGCACCGCACCAAAGACACAAGCGGCGGCAUCCAGAUGCACAAAAGCAUCCAUCACUUCGACCUUGUGCAUUUUUGGCUAAACACGGAGCCGAUCCUUGUCUUCUGCCUCGGCGAUCUGCGCUUUUAUGGCAAGGAGAACGCGCAGAAGCGAGGCGUCAAGAAUGUGUCGGAGCGCUACUCUGACGAUCCGGAGGCUAGCAAGAACGAUCCAUUCGCUUUCCAGCUCGGCGAGAACGACCAGCUACGGAAGCUGUACCUCGAGGCGGAGCAUGAAGACGGAUACAUCAGAGACCGUAACUGCUUCGCCGAUGGCAUCACGAUUGAGGACAACCUCAGUAUGGUGAUCAAGUACGCCAACAGGGCCGUCAUGACGUACAACACAUAUGCUUACGCACCGUGGGAGGGCUACAGGUGUGUCUUCAACGGUGACAAGGGGCGCCUAGAGAUCAACGUUGUCGAGAUGCACUACCACCCGGGCGGAGAGCCGAUCAGCGAAGAGGGAGUGAGCGAGCGCGAGAAGCCAUACAUCCAGGGCGGUGUGGAGCAGACCAAGAUCGUUGUAUACCCGCUGUUCGGCGAGCCGUAUGUCGUGCCGGUGGACAAGCAAGAGGGCGGUCACGGUGGAGGCGACCCCGUCAUGAUGAAGGACGUCUUGAUCGGCAAGGAGGAGGAUCGGUACAACCGCGCCGCCAGCAUCAGAGAUGGUGGAAAUGCCGUCCUGGUUGGCGUUGGCGCCAACAAGUCCAUGGCCUCGGGCAUGCCAAUAAUGGUGCAGGACUUGGUAAAAUGGUAA